CGCUCGUAACGGUUUAAUCAGUCGUCCGCUGUGCGUUUUACUUAAUCCGAUUCAUCAUCACGUUGUCCUCAUCCGCAGCUGCCUGUCAGUGCUGUAGUCCCGGUUUUCCUCACCCGUUUAUUUCCGUCUUAUAAGCACUUUGCACUGGUGUCUGUCAACUUUCCGGCAAAAAAGUAUUGAUUGACUGCUUUCGCUCGUUUUACGCUUUUACAUUAUUCGAAUCCGGUUAGAAUAUUUUUGGUCCGUUGUGUAUUCUCGCAUAAGAAGAAAACAAAUAACGAUGUCGAACGCGACAAACGCGACAGAUUGGGCGGUCAGUAUCCCCAUCGGUGGCCUGGUCCUACUGGACACUACGGUCUCCAUUUUCUGGUCAUUCGUCGCCAAUCUCAUCAUCCUGGGCGCCGUCUUCAUUGACCCGCAUCUCCAGCGCCACAGCAAUUUCUACGGGGUCUCCUUAGCCGUUUCCGACGUCCUCGGGACCGCCAAUCUGGGUUUCGGCUGCUACGACAUCCUGUACAACCGUUGGGUGAUCCAAAGUCCCGGAUUGUGUAAAUUCUGGGUGCUGAUAGAUUAUACGAUGAGUCUGACCGGGAGUCUGUCCAUCUGUUUAAUCAGUUAUGACCGGUAUAAGAUGGUGUUCCAUCCGCGAUUAUAUGCGUUCGAGGAGUCCAGUAAUCGUGCCGUGCUACGGAUCCUGUUUGUCUGGCUGGUGUCGUUCGCCUUUUAUAUCCCGGUAUGUCUGUUCUGGGACUACUUUGUGGGCUAUUCGGUCAUUGCUGCGGAUGAUUGUGAUCCCGAGUUCCGGGAUGUGUUGUGGAUGACGAUUGUGUUGUCGGUGGUGGAGUUCUUCCUCCCGUUCUUCUUAAUUGUGUACUUCAAUGUCCGACUGAUUUUUGCGGUCAACAGACGAGCGAAGAGACUGGUGGAGGUCAAAAAGAAACUGGGUGAAGGCCCCCUCUCCAGCCUGAAUUUCCCCGUGCACUCCACCGACCACGAAGCCCGCGAGGAAGAAGCGUUCGAGCGGAACCGGCUGAAUACGGAGGCACGGGAGAUUGCCAGCGCCAAGGGGACCACCAAGAGCGUCCUCAUUCUGGUGGGUGUGUUCGCCGGCUUAUGGCUGCCGUGGGAGUUUAUCGGGAAUUUUGUCAUCCCUAUCUGCGACGACUGUGUCCCGCUGCAGCUAUACCAGUUCGCCUUCUGGCUGCAGUAUCACACGUACGUGGUCAAUGCCAUCGUCUUCGGCUUAACCGUGGAACGGUUCCGGGAUUACUUCCGGAAAGUCUACCGGAUGAUUGUGCCCAAGAAGGAUAAACGGGUGCGCUUUCAUCUAUCGACCAUUUCCGUCUCCCCCGAAGGCUAAUUUGUGUGUACUAAUUUUACUAGUCAAAAAUAUAUUUUUGUAAUCUGAAAUUACUGU